UCAGCCUUCCAGUAAACACGGAACCAGUGGGUUUAUAGAAACUAUCUCAAAGUAUUUGAAGCAAAGAAGAACAAGUUUAAAGAGGUUUACGUGCAUUGUGCGUCUGACGUCAGUCCCCUUAGUAACCCUCGGCAGCGUCUCCAGGAGAGAAGGCGACAAGAUGGGAUUACUGUCCAUCCUUCGUAAGCUAAAAAGCACGCCAGACCAGGAGGUUAGGAUACUGCUGCUGGGCCUCGACAACGGGGGGAAGACGACGCUGCUCAAACAGCUGGCAUCUGAGGACAUCAGUCACAUCACCCCCACACAGGGAUUCAACAUCAAGAGCGUUCAGUCUCAGGGGUUUAAAUUAAACGUUUGGGACAUUGGAGGCCAAAGGAAGAUCAGGCCGUAUUGGAGAAACUACUUUGAAAAUACUGAUGUGCUGAUUUAUGUCAUUGACAGUGCAGACAGAAAGAGGUUUGAGGAAACGGGGCAGGAGCUGGCUGAGCUGUUGGAUGAGGAGAAGCUGAGUGGAGUUCCUGUGCUGAUCUUCGCAAACAAGCAGGACCUUCUGACAGCAGCUCCAGCCUCUGAGAUCGCAGAGGGGCUCAAUCUGCACACCAUUCGAGACCGCAUGUGGCAGAUCCAGUCAUGCUCCGCCCUCACUGGUGAGGGGAUUCAGGAAGGCAUGAAUUGGGUUUGCAAGAGCGUCAACUCCAAAAAGAAAUAGCUUUGCCUCUAGUCUUUGAGUGCUCAGGAGGAGCACGAGCAGCAGCAUACACACACUGACACACAUCAUACCUCCUGAGCCUUAGCACCUAUGAAUGUACAUCCAUGUGGACUUUUUUAACCCCGUCUCUGAUGUUUCUCAUCUCUAACAUCAUCCUGCGUUGUCCUGUUUGCCUUCAAAGGAAACCCAUACCAGGAAACCGACCCCCUACUCUCCUCCACAUACAUCCCCAUCUCUGACACAGCUGUUACAGCCCCCCCCCCCCAUUAAAAACCUCCUGUACUUCAUGGGUUUUCCACCUGGUCUUUAAAGGUCUUCAACACUAUUUCAACCAAACCCCCACAUCCUCCUUCUUUCCGUUUCAUUCCCAUUAGUUGAUGUAUUUUUUUUUUGUCUAAUCAUUCCACAGCAGCUUUAAGCGCUUUUUUUUUUUGUUUUGGUUUAAAGUGAGCUAUAUUUUUGUAACCGCUUUAUUUAUGGUGAAGUAGAGUCCAACCGCUGCUCGUGUGCUGUGCGUGUGAGAAUCAGUCUAAAUCUCCCCGCUGCGUUACAAAACUAAGUGUUAAUAUGUAUAAAAAUAACAAAAAAACCUUUUGUUUUUUUAUUAACUGUAAAUAGCUGGGCCCAGUGUUCAUACGUUCCAUCAUUAAAUGUAGUGUAUUUGACCCCCCCCCUGCUGUUCUUUAUGGUGAAUAUUGUUUGCAUAUCUAAUGUGUUUUGGCAGAUUAACAGAGGUACACGUACUGUAUGGUUUAGUGCAUUUCUAUGUGCUCCUGGGGUUAGUGCAGGACUUUACUGUUUCAGCAUUUCCUUUUGAUACUUCUGAAUGUAAUCUGUCCAGAAUUGCAGAAGAUGUAUGUGAAUAAAUCAAAUCGAGGUGUGCACAGAG